GGCUUGCGACGUGGAGGGCGCGCCUGCGCGGCGGUGCGUUCGAAAUGCUGGGCGCGCGACGGUUGGCGGCGACCGUUGGACCUGGAUGAAGCGCGCGGCGCCGCGCAGUACCCUGCGGGGCCUCAUCAAGAAGCACAAGCCGCGGCUCCGCCUGGCCUCUAACAUGGAGUUCUUGGUCCAUUUGAACUUCUUACUAUUUCUUCAUCGAUUAGCAGAAGAAGCCAGAAUAAAUGCAUUUGAGAGUAAAAGCAAAAUAAUUAAACUUGAGCAUGUUAUAUCUGCUGCAAAGAUUACUUUGAAGAAGAGCCGAGGCUAGAAAAUCAAGAACUCUCUAAUCCUACUUGCUCUUAUGCACUUUUAUUAAUUUCAGUUAUUGUAGACAAACUCCUUGGAUACUGUAAAUAUACAUAAUUUUGUUGGUGUAGCUAUACCAAAUGCAGCUUACCUAUUAUGGAUCUGAUUCUUUUUUAAUGAAAAAUUUUGAAUCUUAUGUGACCCUGUUUAUACAAGAUAUCCCAUGAGGUUAAAAAAAAAAAA